CAUCCCAUUACAACAACAUGAGACAGUAGAAGGAACAUUGAGGCGAUUUCGGAAAAAUGCCCAGUUUAUGCCGGUUAGAUAAUGUACUACUCAUAUAGAUCGGAAAGUGUAAAGUGGGGAAUGAUGCAAAUUUCCCAAAGCUAAGACCAGAAUGUACUUGUUGGUAUUCCGUAGUUUUGCAAUCUUGAAUUCCAAUGUCUUGUGCGUGUUAGCGACAAGCAGAGUGAACUCAAUACUACAAACAUAAUUCCGCCCAUUUGGUUAGUUCCAUUUAACAAACGCGGGGGAAAGAGAAUCAAAGUCAAGCAUGGAGCAGGACACUAGCUUCCCCCAUAAAGAUGCCAACCCAGUGGUUUUCUUCGAUGUGGCCCUAGGAGGGGAGCCUCUAGGUCGUAUCAAGAUGGAGCUUUUUGCGAACGUCACUCCGCUCACAGCAGAAAACUUUCGUCAGUUUUGUACUGGAGAGAAUAAAAACUCCCAGGGGCGAUCCCAAGGAUUCAAGAAUUGCAAAUUUCAUCGCGUGAUCAAAGAUUUCAUGAUCCAGGGAGGUGAUUUUAUCAAUGGCGACGGGACAGGUUCCUGUACCAUAUACGGAACUCCGAGGUUUGCGGACGAGAAUUUUUCACUUAAGCAUAAACAUGCAGGCAUGCUAAGCAUGGCGAACUCCGGCCCUAACACAAACGGGUGCCAAUUCUUCAUAACCACUACUGCCACCCCGUUCCUCGAUGGUAAGCAUGUUGUUUUCGGCCAGGUGGUGGACGGGAUGGAGAUCGUGCAUAUGAUCGAAAAUACACGCACAACCAGAGACAAGCCCAACCAGGAUGUUGUCAUUAUGCAAUGCGGCGAGAUGUGAUGAAUUGUAGUUCGUGCUGGAAAGCAAUUACAAA